CACAGAUGAUGACAAAUACGUUGUUGUUCUAUAUCACUAUAACUUCUUAUAAUGGUCCACUAUUAGUGGUUCAUAAUUGAACACCCACCGAAUGUAGGCUAUCCUAUGAUACAGCAUUUAGUGAUCGUUCGUUUUACGUGGUGUAGGCUAUGACCAGCAUGGGAGGUGCACCUCUUCUUAAGCAUGGGUCAGGUGACCAUGUGUUGAAGUUCAGCCGUGGAGAGGAGCAGCUAAUUAACAAGUGAUGUAAAUCGUGCCUAGAAUCCUCUGGGUCCAUGAUCUCGCCAAAGAUGGUAGCAGCACAUACUUCUACCCAUUCCUCUGCCUCUGCAGAAUGGAUUGUUUGUCUCGACAAAAGGCCAACAGAACGUUCAGGGGAGGAUGUGGACAUCAUACUGACCCGUCUGAAAAACGUGAAGGCUUUUGAGAGAUUCAACCCCAACCUCCUGCAGGAGAUAUGCCUGUGUGGAUUUUAUGAAUGUCUGGAGAAGGGGAUCACGUUGUACAGACAGGGGGACAUUGGGACCAGCUGGUAUGCUGUUUUAUCCGGAUCACUGGAUGUCAAAGUCUCAGAGACUGCCAAUCACCAGGAUGCAGUCACAAUCUGCACUCUGGGCAUUGGCACAGCAUUUGGGGAGUCCAUCUUAGAUAACACCCCCCGGCACGCCACCAUUGUGACGCGGGAAGUCAGCGAGCUGCUGCGCAUCGAGCAGAGAGAGUUCAAGGCCCUGUGGGAGGUGAGGCGACUCAGAGAGCUGCUCCUGCCUUCUCUCUUCUUAGAAUGAUUGCAUGAUGAGGACUGGUCGCUCAAGGUUCUAACCAUUUUGUGCAUUUUUGUUUUGAAGUUUGUAUGUUUAUUUGGGCCAAGAUGUGGGUCAAAUUGCAGAUAAAAAAAAUAUUAAUAUAAAUAAUACUCAAUGGACUUUGAAUAGAUAGGUAUGGAUGUAGAGUCAUGAAAGUAGAACUGCAAGAAGUUUUUAUUAUCAUCGUUAUGAGAUAUUUUAUUAAUUAGAUCUGGUUGGUUUCCUUCCAGUCGAUUCACUCGGCACAACACAGAUAGCAUGAGGUAUCACACGCUUGUGUGUCUGACUGAAGACACCUAUAUUCGCCUAAAAGGCAGAUGAUGUGUUGACAUAGAGACGCCACACCUGCCUACAUAAGCCAGGUCACCACUUCAUCUCCCUCUGAACUCAUCAACCUUGCACCGCCUGUCUAGGCUGGUUUUAAGUGUAGCAAGUUAGCAGUUUCUCUAAAAGCAGUUCAACUGUUCCAAACAGGAUUAGAGCGUGACCCUCUCCUUUUCGAAUCCGUCGAACCAUCUCAGACUGACUCUGAGGGUUAGAUGGAGCCAGGUGGAGAAGUGGGUGCUAGCUGAGCUGAUCAGAUGGAGGCGCUGUGCAAAUUAGAGCCAGCGCCUUCGUCUCUCCAGUCCCAGCAGAAUGCGACGCUUGCGGUUGGCGACGGCAAGGAUAUUUUUGACCUGGACAUAGACGACGAUGAAACAGUGUCUGCCACUCUUUCUGGAUUUCAUGACUAACAUUGACCUGGAAUAAGCCACUGUCUAACCUCACCUUGGUGCCCGGUUACACAUAGUUUCUGGACCAUGACAUCUGAGAAGUCGGGGCUGUUGCACCGUCCUCCUGUGGAUCCGUCCCUCACCUCUUGCCUGGCCCCGUCUCACAACCAGGGGACUACGGGCCCAGCGACUCUUCAGUCGGUACAUUGCCGUCUUUAUUCGUCACAACUGAGAAUCAGUUCAACACUACUAGAGGUACAACACUAGUUUGCCCCACACAGCAGAUGAGCACUGGGUUGAACUGAGGAGGACACAGUGGUGACGUAGCGUAUGUGGGCAGGCAUGCUAUCUAUUAGAUACAUACCAUCUGUGUUGUGCCUCGUUCCUCUCCUUCAGGGUGUAACAGUGGUUAUAUGCAGAACCCAAUGUUUUCCUUAGAGUUCACCUACAUUGUCCUUUAGUGUUGAUGACUAAGGUAUGCGAUAUUAGUGUUUAAUAAAUCAUUUGUUUCUAUUACUCAGAUAUAUGUUUAAGGCCUGUUGCAAAAAUUGAAAGAUGUAUGAAAAAUGUAUGUGUACACAAUACUAUUCCUCAUGCACCUCAUAUUCAAGUCUUUCAGAUAAUUCCAAGGCAAAAAAACUUUCAUCCAGUGCUAUUCUUCAAAAGGCAUACUUAAUCAGGGUUUGUCCACUAGAGGGUAGCAUGAUGUAGAAGAGAACUGUGAAGUCGUCUCACUGAGAAGUCAUACGCACAACACAACAUGUCGGUUGAUUGCCGCACCUGGCAUGUCUUCUGAGACUUCUUCUUAUGUUUGUCUAUAUGUUGAUAUAGAUGCCCCCUCUCAAGCAGCAAGUACGGCAUGUGCAGCUUUAUUUGAUAUAUAUCGCUAAAAUGUAUGACACGUGCAUCCUUUAUGUUAUAUGACAUCACUUACUGUAUAUUCCUUUCCAUGUCAAAGGGAAUCAAGCAUUUAACUGGGCAUUUCGGUGGAGUGAUUGGGUUCACAUGGUGGGAAAAUGCAGCUAAAUCAUUCUGGUUGUCUUUUCCUGACAAACACGCCGUGGUUUCAGUACGCCAUGGUUUCAUUACCCUUUCGGGUGGGCACUUACUGUAAAGCCAUGGCCACUUUUCCAUGGUAUUUGGGUGUUUACAUAAAAGAGGAAACAGCGACUGGUAGAGAGGCUUGGGUUGGGGUGCAUUUGGGGUCAUCCGUGAGGGGAAUAGGAAUAGCACCAGGAAGGCACAGAAUGGCCCAGGAGGUGACAGAGUGUCUAGAGAAUCCUGCCAUCCUGAUGGGAGACAGCACUGUGGUUUCCUGAGUGGGAGAAUCCAUUUCCUCUGGGAUGUGGAGGUGGAUUGUGGUUAGGGAGUUGGUCGAGGGUUUGUGUUUCUGUUGUGUAUCCUCUCCGAGGCUGGGAACUGAGCGCCAUAUGAAUGUGUAUGUGGUUUGCGUGUUUGCGUGUGUGUGCGUGUGUGUACGUGUGUGUGUGCGGGGUGUAUUUUGGUUGGUUGUGUGUAUUGACAGAGCAGCGUGGAAAACUGCCAGCAACCAUCAAGGCAAAGCAAGACAAGGCAAGGCAAGUUUAUUUAUAUAGCACAAUUCAUACACAUUGGUUAUUCAAGUCACCAAAGUUCUUCACAAAUGACCAGAUAAAAGGACAGAAAAAUAAGAGAUUAAAAAAGGUAAAGUGCACUGUAAAAGGACAUAGACAAAUAAAUGACUAGAAAGAACGCUAAAAGAGCAUAGGAAAAAGUAAAUAAAUAAAAAGUAGAGUUCAUUCUGUCAGUUAACAAAAGCGUCUGAGAACAGUUCGAUAUUAUGUAUAAGUUUGAAACUGGCUACAGUUGGAGCACCUUUGAUGACAUCAGGAAGUUGGUUCCAGACCUGAGCAGCAU